GGGGGGGGGAUAUUUAUCGGGCUCCUCCCCGCAUGCAGUCUGCAUCCAGCUGGGCCAUCUAUGCUCCCUCCUGCCAUUCCCCCUCCUCCUGCUGUGUGUUCACAUCACACUCUGAUCCAUGUCCAAGGACGCCGCCGUGUCGAUGGGCGCCGCCCUCCCCCAGCCCAAGGCCUCCCGCCGGAAGGCCCCUCGCACGCCCUCCGAGGUCUUCCUGCUGGUGCCCAAUUUGAUCGGCUAUGCGCGUGUGGUUUUCGCCCUGGCGGCCUUUGCCACCCCGACUACUCGCCCGGUCCAGGCAGUUUCCUUCUAUGUUCUGUCCACCAUGCUGGACGCCUUUGACGGUGUGGCCGCGCGGAUGCUCGGCCAGAGCAGCCGCUUCGGCGCGGCCCUCGACAUGGUCACCGAUCGCUGCACCACUGCCUGCCUGCUGAUGUCUCUCGGCAAGAUGUUCCCCUCGUGGAUGCUGGCCUUCCAGUGCCUGCUCAGUCUGGAUGUCGCCAGCCACUAUAUCCACAUGUAUGCUUCCACUUUGAGCGGCUCUCAGUCGCACAAGGAUCUGGAUACCAACCGCAACUGGUUCCUUCGUCUGUAUUACACCUCACGGGUCAUGCUCUUCUGCAUGUGCUUCGGUAAUGAGCUCUUCUUCCUCGCCUGCUUUGUUUACUACUACACGUCCGGCUUCAGUGUCUUUGGCUUGGUCAACUUCGUGCCGCUUGUCAUGGCCAUCUCCUUCCCGGUGAUGGCCAUCAAGCAGGUUCUCAACGUCAUUCAGCUUGCUGGCGCAUCCAUCAACAUCGCUAAGCAGGACAUCCUUGAUGCUCAGUCCCGCGAUCAGUGAAAUACCUUCCCUUUUCGCCCCCCCCCCCCCUCUCCCCUGACCUUGUGAAGCGAAAUAUAUCUCAUUUAUGACUGGAAA